AUGGCGCAAAACGCCGUCGGCAGGCUCUUCCGCCAGAGCACCACCAGCUCGGUAUGCCAGUCCAUGCUGAGGCCAUCUCAGGUCCGCUGCUUUGGUAGCAAAUCAGCGAUCCCGACUUUCACUUCAACACCUUCCGCCGAAUUAAAUGAGGCCCUCGACCGCUUCCGACAGGAGCUUUUCAUUCCCCUUGGACUUCCUAAGCGACAGAGAAAGAGUGUGUUCAAGCCUAAAUACGCCCAGGCAUUGGAACACGACCCGAUUACCGUGAAGAUCAGUGAAAAUGAAGAGUUCACCCUAACGCCGAAGAACAGGCACGAAUUGCCAUCCAAGAAGGAUGCCAUGGAAGUUCUCCACAUGAUGGUUGCGACCAAGAACUUCAGCAACCUUUUCCCAUUCCUCAGCGGCCUCCGCAUGUCGAACUAUAUCCUCAACAACGACCGGUGGGAGUACAUCAUCCGCAAAGCUGGCCAGGCCGAUAAGCUCGGUGCCGUCAUCGAGUGCGCCAGACAGUACUCCCGCACCGGCUUGAGCCUGAGCAACAUGAACGUCGCUCGCCGUCUAUUCUUCGAGCUUCACCAGAUGGCGCAGCGCGCGGACUUCAAGGGCGAGGGAGUCGUCAAGGCUUUGGAUCUGGCAGAGAAGGCCGCCAGUUUGAUGGACAGCCCUGAACACUCCAUCCGAGAUGACAGUACUCAGGACCCGAAGCAGCAGCCUUUCGUUAUUGGUACACUGUUGGAACUCAGUGCCGCUUGUGCCCUUGAAAAGCAGUCCCCAGAUGACAAGGUUAUCCACUAUGCCCAGAGGCUUCACGCCGCCUGGGAUCUCGGCAAGUUCAAGGAUGAGUAUACCAGCCCAUCUGAAAAGCAGGCAAGGGUUGAGGAGAACCUCGCUGUUGUUCAUGGCAUUAUUUUGGCCAAUCGGAUUCCCAAGCCAACCUCAUCUCUGGGAACCCUCAAGUCGCGCGUGGGGCCUAUUGAGACUGUACUGGCUAAGCAGUUGAAGGGCGUUAAGAACAAGCAGGUGCUUACUGACAAGGUGGCCCAGCGGUUCAUCAAGGAAUAG